GAAAAUUUUUAUCUGUCAUUUAGCAGUCCUCUAUAAAUUCGAUAUCAAACGAUCCUGUCAAAAGCAAACUACAUUCAAAGUUUCAAAAUUUUUAUAGAAGUACCAUGACCUUUAAACCAGUGCAAUUAGCGUUCGAAAAGUUUUCUGCAGUUGCUCCGAAAAAGCCCCCAGUUCUUAUUCUUCACGGACUGUUAGGAUCGAGAAAAAAUUGGAAAUCUUUGUCAAACCACUUUGUCUCUAAACUAGACAGAGAUGUAUACAAUAUCGACCAAAGAUGCCAUGGUGACUCGCCUGGUGUUGGUCCUCUGUCAUACCAAUCUUUAGCUUUUGAUACCCAUCAUUUUAUGAAAUCGCAUGGCAUUGAAAAGGCUUCUAUCAUCGGUCAUUCUAUGGGAGGAAAAACUGCCAUGGCAACUGCUUUGCUAUACCCCGACAUGGUCGAAAAACUAGUCGUCGCCGAUAAUUCCCCUAUAUAUACCCAUCUUCCAGAAAAAACUAAAGUGUAUAUUAAAGCUUUAAUGCGCAUUGACGAAGCAAACUUAAAAAGACAAAGCAGCGCAGAUAACAUUCUCAAGGAGGUCGAAGAUGUAACUUUAGUCAGAGCAUUCUUACUUUCUAACAUUAGAAAAAACGCCGAUAAUGUUUUCAAAUCUCAGAUUCCUCUUGAGACCAUCUACAACUCUCUCCCUGAUUUAGCAGGAUUCUCCGUGAACGAAAAUUGUGCGGAUCAAUACACAGGACCUACCUUGGUCAUUAAAGCCAAACACAGUACUUUUGUACCCGAUGAAGCUUUACCUGUGUUCAAAAAAAUGUUUCCAAAUUAUCAAAUGGAAACCCUGGACUGUGGUCAUUGGGUUCACUUUGAGAAAGCCCAAGAAUUCACUGGACAUGUUGUUGAUUUUUUGAAGUAGCCUAUUAUAUAUUACAAGACAACUUAACUCUUACGAGUAAGUCUUACACAUUGAACUCCCCUCUCGAAUUUUAAUAGAAUACUUAUCCUUUUUAUAUAUAAAAUUUUGGUUGCCGGAUAGAGAAUACAAUACAAUUCAAUUGGAAAUAGAAGAAUUAUCGUGAAA